GCUGUUGAUAAAAAAGAUGGCAGAUGAAGGAGAGAUUAGUCGCUAAUCUCCCAGGGAAGAUGAAUCUGCAAGCUGGACCCCAUAGAGGGGACGCACGUGGGGGCGGAUGGGAGCCGAGCACCAGCACAAAGUUGGGAUUUUCCUGAUGAUGUAGCCCAACCUUUUCCCCCAUCUUUUUUUCUGCAGCAGGAUAUCUUCUUCCAGGCAAGAGUUUGCUCACAUCAAGCACCAAGAACCGUGUCCCCUGGUGAGGCGCUGGGUGCAGGACGGGGUGAUCAGUGCCCACCUGCGAGCGGCGGGCAAAGGCACACCCUCCCUUGGACAUCCUCGUCCUUGAUGCAGCUCUCGAGGGCUCCUUUGCAGAUUUAUUUAACGACUGAAUGAGGGUCGAUGCCUCAAACCCUCCUGAGAAGAGCCUGACUCCGGCUCUCUGCUGCCUGCAUCCCACCUCGGGGUCCCCUCCCCGUCCCACCACGGCCAGAGCCGUUGCUACUGAGAGACGCUUUCCCUGCCAAGACUCUCGCUUCAGGGUGGCCGAGGCUCGGAGGAUUUGCAUGCUUUGGCUUAACCCUCCCGGGCGCGGUAAGGCAGCGGUGGGACCCUGGCCAGAGUCACGGCGGGGAUGCACCCGGCUUUUUCUGCUGAGCCCGGCGCGCUUUGCUUUUAGCUUGGAAAAACCAACAACGGCUCGAAAAUGACCAUGGCCACACCCCGGCGUUGGAGGAACAGGCUUGAAUUCACUGCCCUGGGCGCCAGAUGCGGUCGGCGGCGGGGCGGAUGCUGCUCUACAAGUGUUAAUGCCCGCGGCCGCCACUCAGGGCGGCUUAUCUCGGCCCGUCGUGCAGGUUAGCAGGGUGGCGUUAGCAUGGCUGGGAGCUGGCGGGCGAAGGCGCAGGCAGGGGGGAUGUUGCUGGCCAUCCUCGGGUGGGUCUCCUCCUGCAUCACCACCUUCGUGCCACUCUGGAAGAGCCUCAGCCUGGACCUGAAUGAGCUGGAGGUCUGGAACAUGGGGCUCUGGCAGGUCUGCAUUGCCCGGGAGGAAGGGGCUGUCGAGUGCCGAGCCCACGGCUCCUUCCUGGCGCUGCCCCCCGAGCUGCGCAUCUCCCGCCUCCUGAUGUGCCUAUCCAACGGGCUGGGGCUGCUGGGGUGCCUCCUCGCUGCCCGGGGCUGGAGGGCCUGCGAGGACAAACCUGGGCUAAAGCGGUGGCUCCUGCUCGCCAGGGGAGCAGCAUUUGGCACGGCGGGGAUGGCCACCCUGGCGCCCAUCUCCUGGGUCGCCUACAACACCGUCCUCGACUUCUGGGAUGACACCGUCCCCGACAUCGUCCCCCGGUGGGAAUUCGGGGAGGCCACCUUCCUGGGGUGGUUUGCCGGAGCCUUCCUUGCCACCGGUGGGCUGCUCCUCGCUUGCAGCGCCCGUUCCACGAGGACCGCAAUGCUGCUGGCCCCUACCUGCCGCCAGCCCCCCGCCACGCGUGUUGCAGCCGGGGGCCACCACCCACACCCCAAAACCACAGACCUGGUCAUCUAGAGACUCGGGGUGCCAUGCCCUGUGCGCCUCCCGGCUCUUCCCAUUGCAGGGAUGGCUCCUGCAUGUUUUACAGGAUGAUUUGCUAAUUCCUACGGCAGCCCUGCAGAUUUUUUUCCUUCCUCCGUGUGCCUGCUUCACUUUUUUCUUUUUUAGGGAGCAACAGCUUUCCCCACAGCACUUGUCGAGCGAGCGUGGGAAGGCAACGAGGCAGAGGCAGAGCGGUGGGCAGCACUUUGUACUGCUGGUGACAUUUGUGGUAGCGUCGCUUAUGGAUGACGCUGUGUUAGCAUCCCCUGCGAAUCCCCUGUAGCCGAGUCUGUCAUGGCUAGCAGCCAUGCCUCAGCGUAGCAGCUCACUCCUUGCCUGUCCGCAUCACUCUGCUGUAUUCGCAAUAAAUUAUCGCAGUCAUCGGCAGUGUGUUUCUGUGCUCUGAACGUACAGCUGCACCUUGCAUGAGGCGCAGCAUGAGUGGGGAUGAAGGGUGGGAGCUGCAAGGGGCAGUGCUGCCACUCCAGCGAUGCGUUGGUCUGUCCAGAAAAGAGGGGGGGGAAAAAGGAGAGAAAGGUGGAAAACAAGGGGGAGAAGGAAAACGAGAGACGAGGCGGUACCAAAGAGUGCUCCUGCUGCAAAGACAGGAUGCCAGCACCCGUAUCCCCUGCAGUAGCCUCAUCUUCUCAUGGCUAAAAUGAUAACGCCGUAAGCAUGCCACCGACCUUCGUGUAGAAAGUUUCUCAACUACAUCAUUUACCUGUGCAGUAGAGGUAAGAGUGGUGUUUUGCCGGUGG